UUUUUAUGUAAUGUUUGCAUUUGCAUCGCACUGGUCCCAUUCGCAAGUUCGAAAGAACAGUUUUAUUAAGGAGCCAAUUUUAUCCAGCGCUACCAUAUGUGAUUGGUACAAUUACUGCCGCGAAGCGGUAGUUUUAUACCAGGUUGAUCACCAGGUAGCGGUAGGUAAAAUUGGCGGCCCUGGUAAAAUUGUUCAAAUAGACGAGAGCAAAUUCGGGAAACGAAAAUAUAACAAAGGACGGAGAGUGGAAGGCCACUGGGUUUUAGGGAUGGUAGAGGAUGGGAGUGACGACCUUCGGCUGGAAGUGUGUCCCGAUAAUGUGAGGUCUGCUGAAGUGCUCAUACCCUUAAUUCAGAGACACGUUUUACAAGGUAGCAUCAUAUAUACUGAUUGUUGGAAGGCGUACGACUGCUGUCCAGUCACGGGUAUGAGCACCGACGCGUUAACCAUAGCGAUCCAGAAAAUCCGUUUGUUGCCGAAGAUGGAACACACACGCAUAGGAUAGAAUCCCAGUGGCGCGUUAUCAAACGGUUUAUUUUAAAAGACAAUUAUAAUAACA